GCGCAUGCCCGGAGCCCGAGUUCGCUGUGUAGCGUGGAGAUGGCGGCUGCGGGAGAGCGGGCCUCGCCGGAACCCUCAUCUUCGGAACAGCCCGCGGAGCUGCCCGCGUCCGUGCGCGCCAGCAUCGAGCGCAAGCGGCAGCGGGCGCUGAUGCUGCGCCAGGCCCGGCUGGCGGCCCGGCCCUACCCGGCGGCGGGGGCUGCGGCAGCGACCGGAGGUGUGGCUAACGUAAAAGCAGCCCCCAAAAUAAUCGACACAGGAGGAGGCUUCAUUUUGGAAGAGGAAGAAAAAGAAGAACAUAAAAUUGUAAAUGUGAUUCAUCAGCCAGGGCCCAUCAUGGAAUUUGAUUACACAAUAUGUGAAGAAUGUGGGAAAGAAUUUAUGGAUUCUUAUCUCAUGAAUCACUUUGAUUUGGCAACUUGUGAUAAUUGCAGAGAUGCUGAUGAUAAACACAAGCUUAUAACCAAAACUGAAGCAAAGCAAGAAUACCUUCUGAAAGACUGUGAUUUGGAGAAAAGAGAACCAGCUCUGAAGUUCAUUGUGAAGAAGAAUCCUCAUCACGCACAGUGGGGUGAUAUGAAGCUCUACCUAAAACUGCAGAUUGUGAAGAGGUCUCUUGAAGUCUGGGGGAGUCAGGAAGCACUGGAAGAAGCAAAGGAAGUGCGACAGGAAAAUCGAGAAAAAAUGAAACAGAAGAAGUUCGAUAAGAAGGUGAAAGAAUUGCGGCGAGCGGUAAGAAGCAGUGUGUGGAAAAGAGAAACAGCUGUUCAUCAACAUGAGUAUGGACCAGAAGAAAACUUAGAAGAUGACAUGUACCGCAAGACCUGUACUAUAUGUGGCCACGAACUGACAUAUGAAAAGAUGUGAUUUUUUUUAGUUUAGUGACCUUUUAAUUUUUUACAGAAUUUUAUAUUUAAACUCACAAUGUGGGCUUUACAGUGAAACACUUUGUAACUGAUUCUUCACCGGGUGUUUUCAUCUUAAACGCAGAUUUUAGUUAAGGUUCAGCUCAACUGGCUACACAUCGAGGAAUAAACAAACCCUAGACUAGGGCAGGAGGCAAAGCUUCUGAGGAAGGCCAAAGCUGACUGAACUGGACACAACCUAUAAUGAUGGCGGAUAUGCUCUGGCUUCUCUUCAGAUCAUGUAAAUCUUUUACCUUUUACCAUAAGGAUGGUGGCACAGUAUUGCAUCAGUCUAGGUGAGGUUUUGGGGGACUUUUAUUUUUGGUGCAAAUACCAGGACUUGAUCUUAAAGCCUGUGCUUCCACUUCUAGCCUUUCUUCUAGCCUUUUGUUGGUUAACUGGACAU